CCGCCAAAAUUGUUCAGACCGCGUCUGUGCAACCACUCCGCGUGGUUCGUGCGAAAUCACGAAUUUGCCGGUUUUAUCGCUAUUUUCCUGUUUCCGCUACUUUUUACGACCAGUUUCCGCUAUUUUUAAACGCUCCAACAAGUCAGAAAUUGUUGAUUCUACAGAAAAAAUAUCAUCACCACCCACCCUUAGCAUGUGACCGUUACAAUAAAUCCUGUAGGAUCGUAUUCCGGUGAAAAUGGUUGUACUUCACUAGAUUUGGUGUUAUGAUACGAGGAUUGUAUUCUUCCGAUGCCCAAUAACAACUUAAUCAACCUUUUUUGAGGUUGAAAAUUAGGUAAAACCGUGUCAAAAAUUUAAACCUCGGUGAUGAAUCUUGUUUCCUAUUGAAGGAAUCUUCGAAUUGAAGAAAAGAAUCUGUAAAUUCACGUGAAAAACAAAGUGGAAUUUGGUUUUAUAGUGAUAAACCUUCAGUGGACUAUUUGGAGUGAUUUUGUAUUAAUUUGUGAACAAACUCAGUGAUUUUCUGUGGAAUUUUCUAAAGUAUUAUGAACACGUGAGUGCUGGGAGGAGGGACUAAUCGUAGACCCUGUAUUUUUGAGGACAUUAUCCAGGAGAAUAAAUGUCAGUCAAUAUUUGGAUUCGCGGAUACGAGGAUAACCGCGCACAGACAAGGAUGGUGCUAAUCCUACCGGAGUACUCUCAGCGACCCUACCGCUAUGGCAUGACCCUGCUGUGUGUGGGGGCCAUGUUCAACUGGCUGGGUCUGGCCGAGAACAAUGCUGAGCCCGUGCGCUAUAUCGGAGUCACCCUGAUUGCAGCCGGCGCAAUGCUCAUCUGCCUCGCCAUGUGCUUCUGGAUGAAGGCCAGUCAUGACACCGCCAACGAACUCAGUGCGGGCGAAGACCAAAUGCACCACAUUGUGACAAUUCACCAGGGUGAUGGUACACUGGAGAAGCCUCCAGACUAUGACUCGGUAACCGGCUGUUCACCACCUUGCUAUGAGGACGCUAUCAGGCUCAAUCCUGCUCUACUAUUACCCAGCAUGAGUACUGCCCAAGACACCACCGAUUCAGUGAAGCCAGACCCCACACAGACACCAGACCAGAGCGGCACCAGUUCAACAGGAAUUCCCAAAACGGAAACCACGAAACCCUCCCAGGAAACCACCCCCAACCCCUCGUCAGAGUCCACCCCAACCCCCGAAGAGUCUAGUCAGAACAACGAUAACUUCGGCAGCCGAAUGCUUCGACUCAGUAAACGAUUUCUGCGAGGAAAACGUGGCAGUGUCAGUCCUCACGGCGAUGAGGCCAACUCAGUAGAAGACUCCUCAGCCGGUGAGGUAGUAGACAAUAACUGUGAUUCAGGUUGUGAUAUUAGAAGUUACAGUGAUCGUAGCGGUAGCGGUUACUCAGGACGUAACGUUAGUGAUCAAGGUUGUAACAGUAGUGACUCAGGGUUCAACAGUUCCAGUAGCACAUCUCAAACGUCACCUGUGAGGUGAACGCAUUUUGAGACGAUAUGAACAUAUUUUAUAAUCGAGCCUUGUGAGGUUUAGUGAUUUUGAGAUGAUAUGAACUUAUUUUUCAAUCAUCCCUUGAAGUAUUGAUUAAUAUAAAUUUCAUCACAAUGUUUUGUAUUAUACCGUAUCCUUUGAGGGAUAUAAACUUCAUUUUCUAUUCGAUCCUUGAUGCUAUGAACGAAUUUUUCAGUCAAGCCUAGAAAUAUAUUGAUAACGUCUCCUCUGAGGAAAAUGAACUUAUUUUCUAUUUUUAUUCAAGCCUUGUGAGGUACAGUGAUUUUGAAAUGCUACGAACAUAUUUUCCAGUGUCAAGCCUAGAACUAUAGAUUAUUAUUAAUACCAUCAAAAUAUUUUGUAUAAAAUACUGUAUCCUUCGAGAGAGAGUGAUUUUGAGAUUGAAAUAAUAACCAGAACAGAUUUUUUAAUCCACUCAUUGAUUGUCAAAUUAAGAUUGAUAGCACAUUGAUUAUACCUUCUUCUCAUACGGUAUCCUAAGAAGUAGAUUGUGAUUUUGAGAUGACAGGAACUAAAUUGUUGAUCAUCACCUUAUAAUAGGCUACUGACUAAUAUAAUUAUAUCAUAUUGAUUACAAUGUAAAUAGCCGAAAACCUGUGAGGGUGACAAGUGAUUUUGUGAUGAUUGGGACGUAUUUUUCAUUCGUACCUUGUUUAGCCUAUAUUGAAUUUAUUGAACAAUGAUUGUGUGUAUGAUAGCCUCUAGAGUGAGGUGAAAUGAUUCCCAGAUUGUAUGAAUUCAUUUUCUACCAGGAAUAUUAUAAUUGUCAUCCAAUCGAUGUAAGUAAAAUUAUCAUUUAAUAUUGAUUGAUACCAUUUUGCUGGUGAUGAUGAGAUCUUAUGUGUAUUAUUCUCGUUCUUGUGGGUUGCAGUCAUUCCUAGGAUUUUGUAUAUAAUUUUUGAAUUUCUUUCAAUCGACCCUGAUAAAUAUUGUCCAAUGUACAUUUUAUUGAUAUCAUAUUGAUAAUACCUAACUACUAAAGUACCGUAACUAUAGAUUUCUUGCAAUGUAGGUGCCUAGAAUACAUUGUAUUCUAGUUAAUAAAAACAAUAUAAAAAUCUUGUAGUACCCAUUAAUUUUUUCAAAAACUUUGAAAUAGUUCAACUAUCUAACAAAUAUUGAGUUUGAUGAGAAAGAGAAUGAAUUACUUCCAAAGACCUUAAGUUGAACUAUUUUUAAGUUUUUUUUUU